GCAUCACAUCUACAUUCAAGGCAGAAGGAAGUAGAAGAAAGUAAGAGUAAAGGGGAAGCAUCAUUGACAUUUUUCCUUAUCAUUGACUUAGCCAGACCCUGCUCCUGGCCUGAAGCAGAGAGCAGACUGUCCAAGUCAAAAGUCCCUCAGGCCCAUCACCAGGUCAGCAUCAAGGUCUCUCCCAAGGACGCUGAGAUGAAAACAGCAGAAGAGCCAACCUCAAGUCUUGGGCAGACCCUGGAGUGGCUGAGAAAGGAGCUGGCUGAGAUGCAGGUCCAAGACCAGAGACUCCUGUUCACGCUGAAUCAUCUUCACAGUGUCCUGGAGGAGCUGCGUGCAGAGAGUGCCCACUGGGAGGAUGCCAGAUCCAGUGGCGGGACCUCCCCCAUCAGACCUCGAGCAGGCUCGGAAGGCAGGGGCCACCAGCCCUUUUCCUCCAGGGGCCUGGCCCAGCUCCUCCAAGGGGUAGACAGCAGACGAAGCUCCCUCCCUUAACAGGCCAGAGAUGACCCUGACUUUAAACCCUCCCCCCACUAGUCUAAACUUUGAUUGUGAUGAGAGAGAGCACCGGAAUGGGAGUCAGGAAGGCCGGUCUCUGGGUUCACCCCUGCCCUCAUUCACUGUGUGUCCCUGGACCUGUCACUCAGCUUCUUUGUGUCACUCUUUCCUCUCCUGUCACUUC